UGGUGGUGGCUGCUACGCUCUAAGUGGAAUGCGUGGCAGGCAGACGCGUACUUGUGUCUCCUCGCCGUCUCUGUGUUGUGGUUUUAGCCGCGGGUAGGGGCUGUGGAGCAAUAGUGAGAGGGAAAUCCAGGCUUGUGUGCCUUGGCGCCGGCCGGUUGCUGGUGGUACUACUCAAGAAGAGCCCGCUGCUCCCGUCCCUUCAGCAGGAGGAAGCGGAGGCUGCUGUGGGCGGGGCUCGCUCGGUUCUUCCCUGUUCGGCUAUGUCGGACAAUCAGAGUUGGAAUUCCUCUGGUUCCGAAGAUGACCCCGAGACAGAGCUCGGGCUGCCUGUUGAGCUCUGUGGGGUACUCAGCAAGUGGACAAAUUACAUUCAUGGGUGGCAGGAUCGAUGGGUAAUUCUGAAAAGCAACAUACUCAGUUACUACAAGUCUGAAGAUGAAACGGAGUAUGGCUGUAGAGGCUCUAUCUGUUUGAGCAAGGCUGUGAUUACACCUCAUGACUUUGAUGAAUGCAGGUUCGAUAUCAGUGUAAACGACAGUGUUUGGUACCUCCGAGCUCAGGACCCAGACCACAGACAACAGUGGGUAGAUGCAAUAGAACAACACAAGACUGAAUCUGGCUAUGCAUCAGAGUCAAGUUUACGACGCCAUGGCUCCAUGGUGUCUCUUGUUUCUGGAGCAAGUGGAUACUCUGCAACAUCCACCUCUUCAUUCAAGAAGGGCCAUAGCUUACGUGAGAAGCUUGCAGAAAUGGAAACCUUUAGAGACAUCUUGUGUAGACAAGUUGAUACUUUACAGAAAUACUUUGAUGCCUGUGCAGAUGCAGUUUCCAAAGAUGAACUCCAGAGGGAUAAAGUGGUAGAAGAUGAUGAAGAUGAUUUCCCUGCGAUGCGUUCUGAUGGGGAUUUUUUACAUAACAGUAACAGCAGUAAGGAAAAAUUGUUUCCAUAUGUGACACCCAAAGGAAUUAAUGGCAUAGACUUUAAAGGAGAAGCUAUAACUUUCAAGGCAACUACUGCUGGAAUCCUUGCUACACUCUCUCAUUGUAUUGAACUCAUGGUAAAACAUGAAGAAAGCUGGCAAAAAAGACUAGAAAAGGAAAUAGAGAAAAGGAGAAGAAUUGAAGAAGCAUACAAAAAUGCCGUGACAGAACUGAAGAAAAAGUCCCACUUUGGAGGGCCAGACUAUGAGGAGGGUCCUAAUAGUCUGAUUAAUGAAGAAGAAUUCUUUGAUGCUGUUGAAGCUGCUCUUGAUAGACAAGAUAAAAUGGAAGAACAGUCCCAAAGUGAAAAGGUCAGAUUAUACUGGCCAAUAUCCUUACCUCCCGGAGAUGCAUAUUCUGCUGUGGGGACUCAUAGAUUUGUCCAAAAGCCCUAUAGUCGCUCUUCCUCCAUGUCUUCCAUUGAUCUAGUCAGUGCCUUUGAUGUUCACAGAUUCAGCACACAGGUGGAAGAGAUGGUACAAAACCAUAUGACAUAUUCCUUGCAAGAUGUAGGAGGAGAUGCCAAUUGGCAGCUAGUGGUAGAAGAAGGAGAAAUGAAGGUGUACAGAAGAGAGGUGGAAGAGAAUGGAAUAGUAUUAGAUCCUUUGAAAGCAACGCAUGCCGUUAAAGGGGUAACAGGGCAUGAAGUUUGCCACUACUUCUGGAAUGUUGAUGUUCGUAAUGACUGGGAAACAACAAUUGAAAAUUUCCAUGUUGUGGAAAAUCUAGCUGAUAAUGCCAUCAUCAUUUACCAGAUGCAUAAGAGAGUGUGGCCGGCUUCUCAAAGGGAUGUGCUGUAUUUGUCUGCCAUCAGAAAAAUACCAGCAUUCAGUGAAAAUGAUCCUGAAACAUGGAUUGUUUGCAAUUUCUCUGUGGAACAUGACAGUGCUCCUAUGAACAAUCGUUGUGUCCGUGCCAAAAUAAAUAUUGCUAUGAUUUGUCAGACUUUAGUAAGCCCACCAGAGGGGAACAAGGAAAUAAGCAGGGACAAUAUCCUAUGCAAGAUUACAUAUGUAGCUAAUGGAGGAUGGGCACCAGCAUCAGUGUUACGGGCAGUAGCAAAACGAGAAUAUCCAAAAUUCUUAAAGCGUUUUACAUCAUAUGUGCAAGAGAAAACGGCAGGAAAGCCUAUUUUAUUCUAGUAUUAGCAGUGAUCAGAACAUGACUGGGUGAGCAUUCCACCUUGAAGUGACCGAUAAAUGCAUAGAGCACUCAUUGCUUUAUUGUUUCUAGGGUUUGUGUAUUGAAGUAAAGAAGCACUGAAUUACCAUGAGGCUGAAUAUUUAAUACGAGCUCUCUCCUAAAUUUUUUGCAGAGUCAGUGUGUAAUUAUCAAUAGAUGUUUUGAUAACAUGCAUAUGGCUAUUUUGAUUGCUUUAGAAGAUGAAGAAUGUGUACAGCUUUGAAUCACCAACAGGGAUUACUGCUUUAAUUUUAAACAACUUGCAAAAUUUCACUGUCAACAUUCCUAAGAUACUAGUGCAGGUUUUGUACAUGUCUAAAAAGCACAAAAGACAAAUGCAUGUAUAGCAUACUCUGUGUGCUUUAUGUGCACAAAAAUCUGUAGUAUUUUGGUGGGGAGGGAGGGAGUUCAGUAAAGCCUAAGUGACUUAUUAACAGGUUUUGUUUUGUUAUAAUCAUAGUUCAUUGCUGUUUGUUUCUAUAAUGAAUCAUCUUGUUACCUAAAAUGUCAGGUAAUAAUUGAGAGCUGUCAAUAUCCUUAUGACUUUGCCUUUUCUAUUGUCUUACUCUUAUGAAGAUCUUUGGCUCUGAAGGAAUAAGAGUGUGAAAAGCUUUAUUUUUUCCCAGGUAUGUUUCUAUUGGAUUUUUUAGUUAUGCAAUAUGUGCUAAAGAAAUGUUGCUAUUAAACAUGAUCCAGAAAUUUCUAGGAAGAUUCUGUAUGAGAGGGCAAGACAGUGCCUGAAAGCUAAAAGUCAUCUGAUCAUUAUAAAUGUGGACCGCUUUCUUGCAUAUCUGGGGCUUUCCUGAAGCUGUGAGAAGGUACACUGUAAUAUUUACUGAAGUAAUUUAGACUACAUAGGACAACAUUCCCAGUCUACAAUGAGGAUGAGUACAUUAUUUUCAGAUCCUGCAUGUGUUUUUCUCAUCUUGAUAAAGCCACGCUAUGAGGUUCAUGUAGAAAAUAAGUUGCACUGAUUCUUGCCUCAAUCAAAAACUCAUCAGUUAUAAGGAUGUAUAGUUCAUAUUGGAAAGUUCUGUAUAUUUGCUAUGAUAAUUUAAAUAUCAGAUAUUUGCCUGCCUCUGAUGCUGGAUAUGCUCAUUAAGAGAAGUCUCUGGCAGACUAGUACUGAUUUUGAGGUCUUUUAUCCAUGUCCUGUAGCUGGAAACUCUUCGGAGACUGCUGGAUGUUUCACUAAACUGUGUAUUUCAAGAAAAAAAGUUCCAGAUCUUUUUUUAAAGAAAACUGAAAGUCUUGUUUGCUAUAGUAUGGUAGGUAACUGAAAAUAAAUAAAAAAUAGCAAUUUAAUAAAGAUUUGGUGAAUGAUUAAAUGUGAUCUGCACAGUGUUGAAAAAAAUACUUUAUCUGUUCAUUUUCUUUAUAGAGAUGAAAUCAUACAUAACACACAAUUACACAUGCAUGCAGCUUUCAUGUUCCAUAACUUUUUCCUUUUUAUUUGCCUUUUUCAAAUGGUGUACAUGGAAUAUGCCUUAUUACAGAGUUAUUUUAUUAAUUUGAAUAUCUAGAAAAGUGCCUAUAUGUUAAUGCUAGUAAGGCAAAUAAGAUAAAAAGCUGCAUGUUUACUAAAUCACUAGUGAACAUUUUAUAUAGUAAUGUUAAAAAUAUAUCUCAAAUACACUUCUUAAUUUUAAAAUCAACCAAGCAGUGGUUAAUUCCACCAUAGCUACUGAUGGGAAUGUAAAGGGGAAAAAAGUCCAAAAUAUAAAGAGUUUAACUCCAUUUUUGCCUUUUCUUGUAGUUGUUGAACACAGGCAACUAACUGUUCAUUAAUUUAAUUGGAUAACUUUAUUUUGCAAAGGUAUGGUAAGUUUACAAACUAGUAUAUAAUUCUUAUAUCAUUAGUUGCAUUUGCAUUAAAUAUGAUGUAUUUUCACAAUUCUGUAAAUAAAAUUAAACUACAGAUACUAAUUGUAAGUAAUAUUUUGCUUUUAGAUAAAAGCACUGGUACUUCACUACAGCUGGCCCUGCCCAAUCAGAGUUGUAAGUCUUAAAGAAUACAGAAGGAGUUGCAAAAUUGAGAAAUAGGUAUUAAUUAAUUGACUGCUUUAAAAACUAAUAUUAAAAGGCAGCUAUCGGCCUCUCAGAUUGUCCAUGUGCAAGUAGCUAUUAGGUCUUUUCUUCUAGAAGGGAUCUUUCACGUUUUUUUAAAAAGUUCCCCCUGUCUUUUGAGCCCAGCCCUCUUUCCAGUCACUGCCACAUAUCUGUGCAUUCUGAGUUCUCUUCUUCCUGUUAAAGGAUCUGUAGUAUUUAUACAGCUGUGGUCCUUGCAGAAGCAGCCCAUGAUUCUAGAAUGGCUGUUUUCAUAAGCUGAACCAAUUUGAAGGGCUGAGAAGACAAUUUUCUGAUCCAUCACAUAUUGUUCUCUGAAUAUCUGUGUCCGUUUGGUGAAUUUGAAUGUUGCUGAUCUAGAUGUGAAGGAAAUUUCUUUGUAGAACUUGUAUUGGGAAUGAGGAUGAGAGAUGGUCAUUGUUAUCCUGUCUGAAAACCUGAAAAUCUUAUUUUGACAAAUUUAUCUGUGAAAAAUUUCAUACAUCUUGGAAAAAAAUUGCUAUUACUUAAUUGGGCUGAGCUGGUUUAUGUGAAGUUGUGCAGAUUCUCUUUUAACUAAUCAGAUUGUCCAUCUGUAUUUUUGUCAAGUUGUACAGAUUAUGCUGUAUUUGAAUUGCCACCAUUCAUCUACAGAUUGAAAACAUGAAUCAUAUUUUUGAAUACCUUGAGUGUAUAGAGCAUAACUGUUUUGUUCUAUAAUAGCUUUAUGUUCCUAAUGAUAAAUAUUUAAAAAUUAAAAAGAAGUUGGUCCUUCCAUGGUACAAUCAGAAACUUUGAACCAGUAUUUAAAAGUGAAAAGUAUUAAAAAAUAUGAAGAAAAA